AUGGGGGAUCGACGUAAAGGUGGGAGAAAAAAAUCCGCUGAUUCGAAUCAAAAGCUGACAAAAGAUGAAGAUAAAAUUGCUCGUUACGUUCGAUUCAAUUGUCCAAUAAAGACAACAAUGUUUGAAGGCAAUGAAGUACAUUACUUUACCGGUGCAAAGGCUGUUGACACAUUAUAUGAAUCCAAGAAAUACGGUCAUGCAGCGAAAAAUAUGAGAUUUGCAACACGGCAAGCAGCCGUCAUGUUCAUGCGCUCACUUCUGGAAAAAGGUCUAUUUUUUCGUGCAAGGAAGUUAGUUCCAAAAAAGAAGGACGACAGGAAGGAUCAGAAAGAAAAAGGAGUUGAUGUGAAUAAAUCGCCGAAAAAGAAGCCAGGUAAGAGCGAUCAAACUGAAAAGGAGAAGGAAAAAGAGAAAAAUAAGGAAGAGAGGAAAGAGGAAAGUGAUGAGAACGAUGAAGAGAAUGGAAAAGGAAGAAACAAGAAGAAAGAGGAGGAAGAGAAGAAAAAACGUAAAAUCAAAUUAGAACUUCAUCAGGAGCAAUCAUUUAAUGAUACAAACGACGUAUAUGUUUGGAUCUUCGACCCAACACCUCUAUACAAGAAGGUUAUUGGUGCUCUCAUAGUAUUGGGUACCAUCGCGGGUUGUUUAUUUCCUCUUUGGCCAAUGUGGCUACGUCAAGGAGUUUAUUAUUUAUCAGUCUGUGGAUUAGCUUGUUUUGGAUUACUUAUUGGUGUUGCAGUAGCUCGCACAAUAUUAUUUGCCAUAAUCUGGACAGUUACUAUGGGCAAACACAAAUUAUGGUUAUUGCCUAAUUUAACGGAAGAUUGUGGCUUCUUUGAGUCAUUCCAACCUUGGUACACUUAUGAAUAUUGCUCUGGUGGUAUUGCUGCAAGUGGUAAGAAGAAAAAAAGUGACGGAAAGAAGAAAUCUGGUAUUUUUUCUCUUCUAAAUGAUGAAGAAGCGUUAAUGAAUAAGAAAGAGAUGAAGGGUGGUGGUGAUGGUGAUAGUCAAACAGUUGAAGUAAAUAAGAAGAUCGAAAACGAAAAACAACGCCGAAGAAACGAAAGUGGAGAUGAAAAUGCCGAUUUUGGCAAUGGUGAUGAAAAUGAUGGAACAGAUGAAGAAGUGGACAGUACUUCGGAUUCGGAUGGUAGAAGCAGUCAGGAAACAAGUGAUUCACUGAAUAAUGGCGGUGAUACUGGAAGUAAUGGUAAUGGCGAUGAUGACCGCAAAAUACGAUUAAGACGAUGUUCUAGAAAAGCAAACGAUGAUUUCGUACUUGUUGAUAAAUGA